AUGAGUGACAGUGAAAAAGAGGACCUUGCAGUCUAUAGCGGAACUGCCUCGUGCCAGGCAAGAUGUGGCCCAAGAGAAGACCUCCUCGUCCAUGGCAUUCGACACGUCCAAGGCUUCGCCACGUCCUCAGAGGUCACACGCGUCUGCUCGGGUGUCGACCUUUACGCCAGGGCCCGCAACGCCCGUCUCAUCAUGAGUAACACUAUCCCAGACAUGGCCUCUCCGGCGGAGAAGCCAUACUGCAUCUGGUAUCCUGACGUUGCCACCGAGGACACCUAUCGCGGGAUUGCCCGUCGGUACCCGGACAUGCGCUACCAAAACCCACGGCCGGGAGCUUGCCUGAACGGAGACACCGCCGUGCGGUCUUCCCUGCAACGCCACGCGAGCGCCGAAGAGAUCGAAGCCACCUCUGAGGAGGAGUUCUCACUGCGCCACUGGCCUGAGCACUACUUUGAUAUCCAGGAAGACUCUAAUGCUGGUUCUUACAAGUGGCCCUUCCCUGGAUGCGCUGUCUUACGGGGUAGGGACAUUGACCUUCUGCACCAGCCCCUCCCUCGAGACUUGCCUCCUGUUAACAAGGACAUCUUGAUCCUUAUGGCCGCCUGGGACGGCAACAUCGAUCGAUACGCUCGCCUGCGCUGCCCAGUCACUCUCCCGAACGAGAUCUCGGCUGUUGUGCGUGGGGCCUACCACCACACGCCGUUCGCGCGGUGGCUUGAAACGUCCAUUGACGACGCCUUCCCCUGCCAAUACGAAAGUGACCUAAUUUGGCAAGCCAUCCACGCAAGAUUUAUUAUGAAUGACGAUGUAUCCCGCAUAGACAGGGAACUCAGGGGCAAAAGGCUUCCCGAGUUGUUCUGGUGGCCUCACUGCCCGCACGAGUAUACCCUGCGCGAGCUGGCGUGGCGCCGGCCCGACCUAGAACACCAAGUCACGCUCGCCUGCAUCGCCGGGAACUACCGCGAUCUUUUCCUUGAACUCUCAAAGGGAGCGAAGCCGACGCAGCAGCAACGGGAGGCCGCAAUCCUGUCGCCGAACGAAUUCUACCGGAAGCAUCUAGAGCGGGGCGCCAAAGAGGAGGGGGUCAACCUGCGGCAGCAUAUUGGUUUUAACCUGCCAAGUGGUAAACCGUGGCCCUGGGAGUCCGCAUGGAGUAAGGACUACCUGCGACCGAAUAAGGAGUUGUAUAGGGGCUACUAUGCGUUAAGUUUGCCAGCCAAGCUCACCAACAGGCCUGACGACCAUGAUGAAGACUGGGACGAAGAGUAUUACCCGCCUGAGGACAACCUUCUGAACUACCACAUGCAUCUGCAAUUAGGUGCUUGGCAGCGACUCAUUAGUGCGACUGCUACAAUGAGGCAGGAAGCAGAGGCUAAGGGGGGUAUCAGUCUAUAUUCUACGGCCGAGGAUGAAAAACGCAGAGCAGGACCGCGUCCUCAACCGAAGUAUCCAAAAAACGACAGCGAUAAAGUCAUGGACGACAGCACUAGGGCAUUUUUGAAGGAGUUUGAAAGAAAACUUGGUUCCCCCUAA